AUGGAUCUUCCAUGGUAUUCUCUUCUAAUUCCUCUGCUUGUUUUCAUUUUCUCCCUUCAUCAGUGCUUCUUUACUACCUCAAACGUCCAAAAAAAGUUACCACCAUCCCCAAGAAAGCUUCCAAUUAUAGGAAAUUUGCAUCAACUUGGGUCACAUCCUCACCGUUCUCUCCAUAAGCUUUCAGAAAAACAUGGUCCAGUCAUGCUACUUCACUUGGGAAGUAAGCCAAUGCUCAUUGCUUCCUCUGUUGAGGCUGCUCGUGCUAUCAUGAAAACUCAUGAUCUCAUCUGGGCAAGCAGACCUAAAUCCAGCAUUGUUGAUAGACUCUUUUAUCGCUCCAAGGACGUGGGCUUUAGUCCAUUUGGUGAAUAUUGGAGGCAAGUUAGAUGUAUUACUGUUCUUCAUCUUCUCAGCAAUAAAAGAGUUCAAUCUUUUCGUGGUGUCAGAGAAGAUGAAACAACGAAUAUGAUUGCAAAAAUCAGGGAAGGUUGUGAUUCUUCGAGUUCAGUAAUAUAUUUGGGAGAUCAUUUAUGUGCUCUCACUAAUAACAUAAUUAGCCGAGUGGCCUUAGGGAGGACAUAUAAUGAAAGGGAAAGUGGAAUAGAUGCAAAGGCCAUCCUAGCAGAAUUUGUUGAACUUUUAGGUUGUUUUAACGUUGGGGAUUAUAUUCCGUGGCUUAAAUGGAUCAAUAAAAUCACUGGUUUGGACACCAAAGUGGAGAAAGUAGCUAAAAAGUUGGAUAUAUUUUUAGAGAGUGUGAUUGAAGAACACAUUAUUAGGAACAAGGAAAGGAAAUACCGCGCAGGUGAAGCUAAAGACUUCGUGGACGUUUUGCUAGAAAUUCAAAAUGGAAAGGAAACUGGCUUUCCUCUUCAAAGGGAUUCAUUGAAAGCUAUCCUCUUGGAUUCGUUUGCUGCUGGCACGGAUACAACAUAUACAACUCUAGAUUGGACAAUGGCAGAGCUUUUGAGGCAGCCAAGAACCAUGGAAACAUUACAGAAUGAAGUGCGACAAUUAGCUCAAGGAAAAUCGGAGAUAACAGAGGAUGAUCUAAAAAAUAUGCAGUAUCUGAAAGCAGCAAUCAAGGAAAGCCUCAGGCUUCAUCCAGCAAUUCCACUACUACUUCCUCGAGAAUCAAUGGAAGACGUGAAAUUGUUAGGCUAUUAUCACAUUCCUGCCCAAACUCAAGCCAUUGUUAAUGCUUGGGCUAUCGGAAGAGACCCGUUAUUGUGGGGAAAUCCAGAGGAGUAUCGGCCAGAGAGAUUCUUAAAUAGUGAUAUUCAUGAUGUCAAAGGACUAAACUGUGAGUUCAUUCCCUUCGGAGCUGGUAGAAGGGGCUGCCCAGGAAGUAGUUUUGCUAUUGCAGUAAUUGAGCUAGCAGUAGCGAAGCUUGUGCAUAAGUUUAAUUUUGCAUUACCAGAAGGGUUAAAACCGGAGGAUAUGGAUAUGACUGAAAGCACCGGCAUAACUACUCGUAGGAAAUCACCUUUGCUAGUUGUGGCCACUCCAUGUACUUAAGAGUUUAUUACUCCAUUUCUUACUAUCUGGAUCACAGAUCUUAUUCACCAAUAUUAUCAAUGAAACCUAGUUCCCAGCAUGGCUAGUAGUUAGUAAUAAAUUCACUAUAUGUACAAGUUAAUUGGUCGACACCCUUUUUGGGUGUUAGUAUAUCUGUUUUAUGUUCUUUUAUGCAAUAUUAAUUUCUUGUUCUA